AGAGUGACAUGGCCCAUGUUGACACGGACAGCGACCGUGAACAACGCCAUUCUCCCUCGCCUGACCCCUCCUCUCCAUUCCGCAGACUGAUUGCGAACGCAUUUGCAAUUUCUGUCGUGCCCAUCGUCAAAUAUGGCGCAAACUAUCUCGAAUACCGGCCACGAUGAUAUGAUUCACGAUGCGAGUCUCGAUUACUAUGGCCGCAGGCUGGCGACAUGUUCUUCUGACAAGACAAUCAAAAUAUUCGAAGUGGAGGGCGAUUCCCAUAGACUUAUCGACACUCUGAAAGGGCACGAAGGUGCAGUGUGGUGUAUAGCUUGGGCACAUCCGAAAUUCGGCACAAUCCUGGCGUCUUCUUCGUACGAUGGUAAAGUGUUGAUCUGGCGCGAACAGCCCUCCAGUGCACCAGCCAGUGGAAGCCCCUGGACCAAGGUCUUCGAUUUCUCUCUUCAUACUGCGUCAGUUAAUAUCAUUUCAUGGGCUCCCCAUGAAAGUGGAUGCCUUCUUGCUUGCGCCUCAUCAGAUGGCCAGGCCAGCGUGCUCGAGUUCCGUGACAACAGCUGGACUCACCAGAUGUUCCAUGCUCACGGAAUGGGUGUCAACUCUGUGAGCUGGGCACCAGCUGCAUCACCAGGUAGCUUAAUAAGUGCGAAUCCAGGACCGGGCCAACAAAGGAGGUUUGUUACCGGUGGUAGUGAUAAUCUGGUCAAGAUUUGGGACUACAGCCAUGAAUCCAAGACAUACAAUCCUGUGCAGACUUUGGAAGGACACUCAGAUUGGGUACGAGAUGUUGCUUGGUCCCCAAGCAUUCUCUCCAAAUCCUAUAUCGCCUCAGCUUCUCAAGACAAGACUGUUCGCAUUUGGACUUCCGAUGCCUCGGCUCCUGGCAAGUGGACAAGUACUGUCCUUGAAUUUGACACUGUCUUGUGGCGUGUCAGCUGGAGCCUAAGCGGUAACAUCCUGGCUGUCAGUGGUGGUGAUAACAAAGUUACACUUUGGAAGGAGAACCUCAAGGGACAGUGGGAAAAGGUCAAGGACAUUGAGGAAUGAUGAUUGUGAUAGUAAUAGAAAUUGGCUGAGAUUUUUGUGUUUGUUCAUUUCUCAACAGCACUUUUCCUACAUUACUUUUUACAUCUCUUUUCUUCCUUGUCAUACCCGAAUUACAAAACAAAAGUAAUAUCACAUAGCGUAACGGAUCCCAAAUAUCCUCACGGACGUUAAUAAUGCGCAGGACAAAUUUAAAAGAAAACUAGAAAGCGCUCAAAAACCUGC